AGCAGUCAAGCACAAGCGAAUUCUCAAAUUCCCUUUUUUAGUCACUUUGCCUGUAGGAGUCGUUCAGUAUGGCCGCACACUUAAGUUUAUGCUUCCAGAUUGUUAUGAUGUUUUUGUGUUGUAGAGUGUGCAUUACUUUCAUUUCCUGUAAGAACGAGGCUGGUGAACCUGUUGAUUGGUUUAUCAUCUACAAACUGCCCAGGUAUAAGAUUGGCGAGAUCGGCAGUGGGGUGGACUACAUGUACCUGGACUCCUCGGUGGGGAGCUGGCAGCUCAGUAAAUUCACCAUUAACUCCAGUCAAGGAGCCAUAGGGAACACAUUGAACCAGCUGUACAUGGGAAAAGCCUACAAGUCCAACAGUUCAGUGUAUGCACUCUACAAUGAUGGACCACCAAUCCUGGAUUACAUAAAAGGAUACGGACACACUAAAGGGGUAUUGCUCUUUGACCGCUCUCAAGGUUUCUGGCUUUCGCACAGCAUUCCCCAUUUCCCGUCGUUCCCCGAGAGAGGCUACCUUUACCCCUCCUCCGGAGAAGUGAAUGGGCAGACUGCCCUCUGCGUGACCUACCCCUACGAUCAGUUCCUCCUUUUAGAGAAGCAGAUGGUGUACCUGUACCCGCGGUUCUAUAACUGCUCGGUCCCUGCUGCCUUCAUGGCCGACCUGCCACAGUUGGCCAAGUUAUGUGAGGGCGCCAAACCACCUCUGCCCUCAGAUAAGAGAGUGGAGCAGCUUUUCUCACUGCAAGGGGACAAGUUUGUCUAUUUCGUCAAAUCUGAACACUUUGUGGAUGACAUCUACACGGGCUGGGUAGCUCAGGCUCUGGAUGCCGACCUGCUGGUAGAAUCCUGGCAGAGGCAAGGCCACGAGCUUCCCUCCAACUGCUCCUUGCCCAAACACGCCCUGAACACCAAGAGGAUUCGGAUCCCCGGAUCGGUCCCGUUCCAGUCCUACGAUGACCACUCAAAGUGGUGCGUGUCGUUGUCCUACGAGGACCAGGUCACCUGCCUGGGGGAUCUGAACAGGGCAAAGGCCCAAAUGUGGCGCGGCGGGGGCCUGGUCUGCACCUUCAACCCCUUAAUUUACAAGGCGUUCAGACAGGUUGUGGACUGGUACAUUGGCUGUUGAACGAGAGAGAGAGAGAUACUCAUGGCUCAUGGUGUGUGAGUUACUUGCAUGUGCAUAUCCAGUAUGAAAAUGUCUUUAACUGCAUGAGGUUUUGAGGACGGUGGCAACAGGUUUGACAAUCUGCUGAAAAAGCUACAGAGGCUCUAUGACUAAAUAAUGAAUUCAUUCAUAUGCAAAAAUGUGAGUCAUCACUGUCACUAAAUCAAAUGUAAUCGAUCAAGUACAAUGGCGGCCUGAAGAAGUGGGUUGAAUCUAUUUGGGGAGAGAGCAUUCGCCUGCAAUGAAAUUCCCCUUCUGAAGUUGUACAUAUACAGGAGUGUGUCAAUGUGAAUGGGUCAUUACUCCAAUAAAAAGCAGUUCCUAUUCCUGAACAAAAUAAAGUCACCUUUAA